UGAAAGUUUCUUGCACUAGCCGCAAAUCUUCAAUCUUUUCUUCUUCUUUCGACAUCCAUGGCUUUAACUCAACACUUAAAACCCACCAUUUCCUUAUCCUUCUCUUCCUUUCAUCGCCACUCUUCUUUCUCUCCCUUUUUUCCACUCAAUUUCCAGACCAAACCAUUGUUUUACAGCUCAAGAGUCCAUAAUCUCCGACCCCCAUCUCUCAGUCUCACGUCCUCCAGAAGAUUGUUCCUUCUCCCUUCAGUUUCUGGAGUCUGGGAUGCUUUGACUGGCAAUAACAAUGCGAGGGAAGCUGUAAUGGCCAUAAGACGUGGAAUGCUACUGUUCAGACAGGGUGAUGUGUCAGGUUCUUUAGCGGAGUUUGACAAGGCAAUUGAGUUGGAUCCUCGACAAAAGGCAUAUCUUUGGCAAAGGGGGCUUUCAUUGUACUAUCUUGAGAGGUAUGAAGAAGGUGCAGAGCAGUUUAGAUUAGAUGUUGCACAGAACCCAAAUGAUACUGAGGAAUCAAUAUGGUGCUUUCUAUGUGAAGCUCAAUUAUAUGGAGUAGAUGGUGCAAGGCAAAGCUUUUUGGAGGUUCGCAGAGAUCCAAGACCUGUCAUGCGAGAAGCUUAUAACAUGUUUAAAGAUGGAGGUGAUCCAGAAAAGCUCGUUGCUGCAUUCUCCAAUGGCCAGGAGAAUGAGUAUUUCUAUGCUUCUUUAUAUGCUGGGCUUUACUAUGAAUCUCAGAAGAAACCAGAUGCAGCCAAAGUUCACAUGCUUUCAGCAUGUCAGUCUCCUUAUGGACAAAGGUCUGAUGAUUAUAUGGCUUCCCUUGCCAAGGUUCACUGUCUUUGUCGAAAUUGGAGCCCUGAGUGAAAUACUUUGCUCAAGCUUCGUGAAAAUGAAUAUAAAUGUUGGUUUCAGGGAAAAAAAAAUUAUUAGAUCACCAUAAACGACACAUCAAUGAGGUAAGGUGAGCUGGAUUCUGAUAUAAUAUGUGAAUAACAAAAGCUGUAUCAUACAUUUCAAUAUUUUAUAUUCUCAGUAUGCACUGUUCUUGCCUAUUUAAUUAGGAGUACUGAAGAAGACAAUCUGCAAAGCAUUGUAAAUGAUUUAACCCAGGUUACAUUGCUGCAAUUCAGUGUUGCAUAGUGAUUUAUUAAAUUCUGACUCGUGCAGAAUCAAUACAUCAAUA